CGGGAAAGAGCGCCGGCCCAGCGGGCUCCGGGAGCCGGCUCCUUCUCGGGAGCUGGGGGACCCGAGGCGGAGUGGCCUCCCCAUUUCAGUUGGUUCUUUUGUCAACUGACCUCCUCUCUCUCCUGGCUGAGCUAGUGAUUUAUGGACUUGUACAUGAUGAACUGUGAACUUCUAGCUACGUGCAGUGCCCUUGGGUACCUUGAAGGAGACAUUUACCACAAAGAGCCAGAUUGCUUAGAGAGCGUGAAGGAUUUGAUCCGCUACCUGAAGUAUGAGGAUGAGACGCGUGAUGUGCGGCAGCAGCUUGGGGCAGCCCAGAUUCUCCAAGGAGACCUCCUGCCCAUCCUCAUCCAGCACCGCCAGGACAAGCCACUCUUCGAUGCCGUUAUCAGGCUGAUGGUGAACCUGACACAGCCAGCCCUGCUCUGCUUUGGCAAAGUUCCUCAGGAUCCGAGCUUCCGGCAUCAUUUCCUGCAAGUGUUAAGCUACCUGCAAGCCUACAAAGAAGCCUUUGCCAAUGAGAAGACCUUUGGGGUCCUCAGUGAGACACUCUAUGAGCUGUUGCAGCUGGGCUGGGAAGAGCGUCAGGAAGAAGACAACUUGCUAAUUGAGCGUAUUCUUCUGCUAGUUAGAAACAUUCUCCAUGUCCCAGCUGACCCUGAUCAAGAAAAGAACGUCGAUGAUGAAGCCAGCGUCCAUGACCGACUGCUCUGGGCCUUGCACCUCAGUGGCCUUGAUGACCUGCUGCUCUUCUUGGCCAGCUCUGCAGCUGAACAGCAGUGGAGUCUACACGUGCUAGAAAUCAUUUCCCUCAUGUUUCGGGACCAGAAUCCUGAGCAGCUUGCGGUGGUGGGGCAGGCACGCUCAGCGCGUGAGCAGGGCGCUGAUGUGGCAGAGCUGGAAGUUCUUCGACAGAGGGAGACAGCGGAAAAGAAGAGCCGGGCCCUUCAGCGGAGCAGCAGACAUUCUCGCUUUGGGGGAUCCUACGUCAUCCAAGGGCUGAAAUCCAUUGGAGACAGGGAUGUUGUCUUUCACAAAAGUCUACACAAUUUUCAAACCUACAGCCCAGAUGUGGGGAAAGAUGCUCGCUACGUGCCCCGGCGACGUCAGCUUGCCCAGGAGCCCACCCUUCAGCGCCGUUCAGCCCUUAAUGUGCGCCUUUUCCUCCGUGACUUUUGCUCUGAGUUCCUGGAGAACUGUUAUAACCGCCUCAUGGGCCUGGUCAAGGACCACCUGCUCCGGGAGAAGGCUCAGCAACAUGAUGAGACGUACUAUCUGUGGGCCCUGGCCUUCUUCAUGACCUUCAACCGUGCCUCCAAUUUUCGGCCUGGCUUGGUUUCUGAGACUCUCAGUGUCCGAACUUUCCACUUCAUUGAACAGAACCUCACCAAUUACUAUGAGAUGAUGCUAACUGAUCGGAAGGAAGCUGUCUCCUGGGGUCGCCGGAUGCACCUAGCCUUGAAGGCCUAUCAGGAACUUCUGGCCACAGUGAACAAGAUGGACACGCACGCAGAUGAAGCAGUGAGGGAAAGUAGCCGCAUCAUCAAGAACAAUGUCUUCUACAUAAUGGAGUACAGAGAACUAUUCCUGACUCUCUUUCGGAAAUUUGAUGAAACCCGUCAGCCCCGCUCCUAUCUUUGUGACCUGGUGGAGACAACGCAUCUCUUCCUUAAGAUGCUAGAGCGUUUCUGCCGAAACCGUGGAAAUCUAAUGGUUCAGAACAAAAGAAGGAGAAAGAAGAAGAAAAAGAGGGCACGCACGCAGGCCCCAGCCUCUGCUGGAAAUGUUCCCCACCAUCCAGAGGAGAUGGAGGCCAUGUGGCCUGCCCUGGCUGAGCAGCUGAAGCACUGUGCCCAGAAUUCUGAACUCUUGCUGGACUCCGUGGUUCCCUUUGACGCAGCUUCAGAGGUGCCCGUGGAAGAACAGCGGACAGAAGCUAUGGUGCGGAUCCAAGACAGUCUUCUGGCUGGUCAGGCUCCUGAGGCGCUAACCCUCCUUCGGUCAGCCAGAGAAGUGUGGCCAGAAGGGGAUAUAUUUGGCUCCCCAGAGUUUUCCUUGGAGGAAGAAAUUGAGCUGCUGAGGCAGAUCUUCUCUGCCCCACUUCCUCGGCAGCAGGAGCCUGAAGAACAAGGUGGAGGGGAGGAAGAAGAAGGAGAAGAGGAAGAAGAGGAAGAAGAGGAGCUGCAGGCUGUCCAGGUUUUGGAGAAGGAGUUUAACUUCCUGGACUACCUGAGGCGGUUUGCGUGCUCAGCUGUUGUCAAAGCCUAUGUGCUAUUACUGCAGAACUACCAGAAGAACAGCGCCCAUACCAAUCACUGUGUGGUUAAGAUGCUGCACCGACUGGCCCACGAUCUCAAAAUGGAAGCCUUGCUCUUCCAGAUCUCCCUCUUCUCUCUCUUUAAUCGGCUAUUUAGUGACCCUGCUGCUGGAGCCUAUAAAGAGUUGGUCACUUUUGCCAGAUAUGUACUGGCCAAGUUCUUUGCAUUGACUGAAGUCAACCGCAAGGCCUUUGUGGAACUUCUCUUCUGGAAGAACACAGCUGUCGUGCGGGAGAUGACCGAGGGCUAUGGGUCUCUGGACGCUGAGUCUUCUAACCGAAAACCCCCCAAGUGGAACCCAGAGGAGGAGAAGCAGCUACGGGAGCUGUACCUGGCCUACAAAGACGUAGAAGGUGAGGAUGUGAUAGAUGCCAUCUUGACACACCUGAAUACCACAACUCGUUCUCGGAAACAAGUCAUCAACCAUUUGGUUCGACUUGGACUGGCUGACAGCAUCAAGGAUUUCCAAAGACAAAGGAAGGGGAUAAACUUGGUUUUGUGGACAGAAGAGCAGGAGUUAGAACUACAGCGACUCUUUGAAGAGUUCCAGGGUUCUGAUGAUGUCCUGGGUAACAUCAUGAAGAACAUCACAGCUAAGCGCUCACGGGCCCGGAUCGUGGAAAAACUUCUGUCCCUGGGGCUGGUUGCAGAUCGACGGGAGUUGCACAAGAAGCGGCGGAGGAAGCCUGUGGCUCCCAGUCUUCUGGAUGGAACGGAUUCUCUGAAGGACCCUGACCAGGAGGAUCUGGAGGAAGACAGUGAGGAGGAUGAAGAGGGCCCAGGGGCAGAAGCAGCCCAAGGCACCGAAGGCCACAUACCCCACAGCCUUAGGCAAAUCCUGCAAGAGGAAGACUUCUCAGGCCCUGUCCUCUGGCUCCAGAACUGCCUGAUUCGAAUAGCUGAUGACCGGGAGGAAGACGGCUGCACCCAGGCAGUGCCCUUGGUGCCUCUGACAGAGGAGAAUGAGGAUGCAAUGGAGAAUCCGGACUUCCAGAAGCUGUUGAGAAAGCUGGGGCUUCGGCCCCCAGCCUCAGAACAGGAGUCUUUCUGGAGAGUUCCAGCCAAGCUGAAACCCGUACAGCUGAGGAGGGCAGCAGCUUCUCUGGGCCAAGCAGGACCCGAGCCCCAGAGUGCAGACCACCCUGAGCAGGGGCCCAGCAUGGAGAAGCUGGCUCCUGUGCCAGGCUCUCCCGUGGUGGCCAGAAAACGGAAGAUCGAUCUAGAGUCAGCAGAGAGAGAAGCUGUGAAGAAGCCUCAGAAGCUACAGCUACUAGACAGUGACGGCGAGCAGGAGAAGGAUGAAAGCGAAAAUAAAGAUCUCACAGAUUCUGACCCAGGCUCCCCUGAGCCCUUGAGGUUCCACAAGAGGAGGAGGUUUCUGAUCGAGGAUGAAGAUGACUAAGGAGCUGGCGGGCUUUUUGGUGGGACAUGAGGGGAUGCCCCAGCACUGGUCCUCCCAGGAGCAGCUCCAAGAUGCUGGGGCAGCCCGGCAAAGGCGGCAGUGGGUGUUCCCUCACUGAAGUUUUCACUCAAGUGGACUUUGUUCCAGUUUCUUGGGGUAACAAGCCCUGUCCUCCUCUGGCCCUUUCCUUGUCCCCCAGCUUUGGAGCUUUGGGCUGGGGGGGUGAGGUGGCAACAUACAGGUGCUUCUUGUUUUGUGCUUUGUUACAAAAUUAAAGCCACAAA